AUGUACCAACUGAUACGCUGGUUCGACGGCGAUAUCCGACAGCGUGUCCUCGCUGAUGCCGUCGAACCAGUCGUGGCCGCCUGGACGUCAGCCCUGCAGGCUCGUGUCGGCGUCGCUGUAUUCCACACCAGUCAAGACGAGUCGGGCGGGAGUUUACCACCAAGUCCGCCGUCCUUUGCGCAGCAGCAGCAGCAGCAGUCAUAUCAGACUCGACAUCAACAACAGCAUUCGCCGCCGCCUCCGCCUAUCUUUCCCUGUUCCACCCCUUACUACGCCCCCUUCAGCAUGCCGUCCGGGCCUACCGAGAUAACACCGGUCCGCAACCCUCCCGGGAGCACAGCGUCUGCAACCUCUCGUACCCUCAGCAAAGAAGAGCUUCGCCUGGCUUGGCGCCGCUGGCUUCUCGCCGAGUCGAUUCGGCGGACCGUUAUUACGUCGCACAUUGUCCGUGAGGUCUACGCAAAUGCCCGCCCUGGUGACAUAAUCUCUUGGACUGGCGGCGGCAGCGACAGCCAGAGCGGACUCGACAGUCCCGGCUCAGGCUCUGCCGUGCUCUCGGACAUGUCGUUCACUGCCUCGGCCCGGUUGUGGGGUGCUUCGACGUCGGAGCAGUGGCGUCGAGCCGUGGUGGAGGCAUCGGGCCAGGUGCAGGACGCCUCGACUUUCGGCAAUGCGCCGCAAAAUUGGUGGUGGGUGGAGCGGAUGGACUUCUCGGGCGUCUUCGGCGUUGUGGGGUUGUCUAGCGUCGAUGAGUUCGCUGUGCUAGCAGCUGUGGUCGUGAGAGGCCGCGAGGCGGUCGAGGAUUGGAUCGCGCAGGGGGGAGGUGGAAUCUAA